CGAGGACGGGAGGCCUCCCAUCGCGCUUGCGACGUCGAUCCGAGGCUGGGGGAGCCGCUGAGCCGCAGAGAUGGACCCCGAACAGCACCCCGCGGCGUUCGGCGUCGUCCUGGCCCUGGGCUGCGGGAGCUUCCUCCCGCUCGGGGCGCUGGUCGCGGUGGCCUUCUGGCCAGACGUGCGGAGCAGGCAUGGUGCCCCGCGUGAUCUUCGGGGCCGUGCUGGUUUCCAUGAUUACGCGGUGCUCAGGCCUCAGCGCCCCCAGCGUGGAGGUCGAGCCUGCCCAAGAGCCCUUCCUGAUCCGCCUGCGCCGGGAGCUCUACCCCGUGCGGCGGAAGGGCAAAAUCGUCUCUCACAAGGCUUCCUACUCGGGCCUCAUCCACGUCGGUGCGCCCUGGGCGCAGGAGUUCAGGGUGGUGUUCGACACCGGCUCGGGCCACGUGGUCUUGCCGUCCAUCGAGUGCCGGAGCGACGCAUGCCUCAAGCACCGCCGCUACGACGCCCGCGUGUCGGAGACGUCCGAGGCCAUCAUGCUCGACGGGACCGCCGUGCAGCCGCGCCAGAACCGGGACCAGGUCACGAUCGGGUUCGGGACCGGAAAGAUCACUGGCGAGUUUGUGCGCGAGAGGGUGUGCCUCGGCCCAGCGGUCCCCGAGAAGGACGCCAACGGCACGGAGAGGGAGACGGGGCCGUGCGUGGACGCGCAGGUGGUCGCCGCGAUCGAGAUGUCGAACCGGCCCUUCGAGCUGUUCGACUUCGACGGCAUCCUCGGCCUCGGCCUCUCCAGCCUGGCCGUCUCUAAGAACUUCAGUUUUUUCAACAUGCUUGCUGGGAGCCGCCAGUUUGCCCACACGCACUUCGGCGUGUUUCUCACCGACGGCGAUGACGGCGAGGAGAGCGAGAUCGCUUUCGGCGGUCACAACACAGCUCGCCUGAUGGAACCACUGUCAUGGGUCCCGAUGGCCAAGCCGGAGAUGGGCUAUUGGCAGGUCAGCAUCCUGGCGGUCCGCGUCGAUGGCGUCCUGCUGGACAUGUGCGGUGAUGGUUCUUGCCGUGGCAUCCUCGAUUCCGGGACCUCGCACUUAGGCAUCCCCUCGCACCACAACGCGGAGGUGUCCGACCUCCUCACGAGGGCCGCCGACCCCACGGUCGAGGACUGCCGCUACACGGCGGCCCCCGUCGUCCAGAUCGAGCUCCAGGACUUCAACCUCACGCUCUACCCAGAGAACUACAUGCGGAAACUGCCGCUCGAAGAGGACGUCAUGGCUGACGCCAACGUUGGGGUGAGCCCCACCUCCUACAAGGAGAAUUCUGGCAAGGAGGCGCCCGAGACCUGGACCGAGGGCGCCGACGACGCCCCCGCGGGGAACCUCCUGUGCACGCCGAAGCUGCUCCCGGUGACCUGGCCGGAGCCCAUCGGGCCGAACCUGUUUAUCCUGGGCGAGCCCGUCCUGCACCGCUACUACGCCGUGUUCGACUGGGACAACCUGCGGGCGGGCUUCGCCCGCGCGAGGCACGCCAGGCACGCUCGGCAGGAGCUGCCAGGGCAGCCCGAGGCUCACGCAGGGGAGGCCGGAGUCGCGGGGACUCCCGCGGUGGUGGAGUCGCAGGGCGACGAGCUGGUGCUGAUGCAGACUGCCGUAGUCGUCACGAUCGUGCGCCGCCUGUGA